CUUUUCAACGCAAGAGUAUGCCGACAACUUAAUGAUGGACACGACACUACAAAAACAAUGAUCAGUUAUUAAGGUAUCCUGUUAAAGUUAUUCCAAAUGCCAACUUGAAAAUUUCGGAUAUCUUCAAUUUUCCCAAGAAUAAUCGAAAUGCAAUGCGAAUUCAUUAAAAGAAACAUAACUUAGAAUUUGCGUUUUGUCAUGUUUUACAGCACAUUGAAAUUAAGUUAUAAAAACCAGAAACUCUCAAUAUUUUAAAACUCAAACCAAACAGAACAACACUUUUCACAAAAAUAGCAUUCGUUCAUGUGUUCCGCAAGAUUUUAUCUUUGGUGUAUCGGCACAAGAACGUCGCGUGCUGUCUUAAAACGUCACUGAAAUAAGUUCAUAUCUAAACAGGAACAAAACAACCACUGUAAAACCACAAAUUAACGUAGUCAAAUUAAAAACAGCAGCUGUUGAACGGCUUUAUUAGUUUGGAAUAAUUCAUGUUGAUGCUGGUCGCCACGACUAAACUCUUCAACAGGAGUUAAGGACUAGGAAGACCCAGGAAAGACAACAGACCCAGAUAACUGUUGGGAAGUGUCAGAUUCUGGACGUUUAAAAGACGCCUGACAACAAAGCUAACGUACAGAAUAUUUCAACCUUGUCACAAGAUCGAAACAAAAUGGCGAACUUUACUUUUAAUGGAAACCAAACGACCAUUCAAGAAUACUCCUGCCCAAUAGACGCCAAUCGGAAAAUACUGAUUCUAACUUUAACUGUUCCUCUUUCCAUCACGGCGUUUCUUGGAAAUGUUCUCAUCCUCGUUGCUCUUCAAAAAGUGUCGUCUCUUCGUCCGCCAUCGAAAGUUUUGCUAGGUUGCCUUGCGGCCACCGAUCUCGGUGUGGGUCUUGUUACACAGCCUCUCCGUAUUGGCUAUAUCAUGUCUCCAGAACACUCCAAACGUUGUUACUAUGUUAAUAUACUUUAUAUCACCUUGGGCUUCAUUUUUGGCUCAGUGUCCGUGCUAACACUAACUGCAAUAAGUGUGGACAGACUUCUCGCCCUGAUGUUGGGGCUAACAUACAAACAGACAGUAACAUUAAAGAGAGUAUGGGUCUUCGCUGUUACCUCAUGGCUUUUUAGUGCAGCUCUUGCAGUGGUAAUAUUUUACAGCUUUCGUAUUGCUAUAAGCAUCAUCUGCCUAACACUGUUGUUUUGUAUUAUAACCUCAACCUCCUGCUACACCAAAAUCUUUCUCAGACUUCACCAUCACCAAACGCAAGUGCAAGACCAAGCUCACCAGGGACCACCGAGUGGAGAAGGAGUUACCCUGAAUAUAGCACGAUACAGAAAGACUGUGUCUACUGCACUGUGGUUACAGGUGACAUUAUUGGCUUGCUAUUUUCCAUUUGGUUUAGUGACAGGUGUUAUUGUCAACAUUGGAUCACGCACACCGUCUCUUAACCUCUUUUGGUCUUUUACGAUAUCAGUGUUUUUGCUGAACUCGUCUCUAAAUCCACUUCUAUACUGCUGGAAGAUGAGGGAGGUAAGACAAGCCGUGAAGAACACUGUUACACAAUUCUGCUGCUUAUCAAGUUAACGGUCUGGUGCGGCA